AUGUUUGGCAUCUGUUGCAUCUGUGAAGAUGCCAAAAGCACAAAGGCGACGCCUACAUCAGCAAAAAGUCGUCGGAGCUCGCAGAAGAUUCCUAGCUCCGAUGUGAAAGCUGCAGGAGGCGGUGAUGCCUCCACUUUGGCUGCGACAGCAGAACACGCUUCUUCCAAUUCAGUGCAGAUAGAGGUGGUGGAGAAGGACGCGCCGGCUUCGUACUCGGGAUAUGCUGCUCAAGCAGACGUUCUGGGCGAGCAGCAGGCUGAUGGCGUCGUCACGGUGGAUGUGGACGACGCUACCGAAGAUGCGCCAACGCAAAAGCGGACUCGGCGCAGAAGCCACUUCGUUCCAGGUGGCGGUCCUGCACCCGAGGACAUCUCCCCGGCCGCAGUGACGUCUGGCAUGGGAGAACUUCAAUAUCUCGUGCAAGAUCCAUCAAAGGUUUUCCAAGGUGUGGCUGUUGAAGCAUGCAUGCUCGGGAUGACGAAGGCAGGUGGAUUGGAUGCAGUUGUUGAAGGUGAGUUCAAGGAGAAGUCUCUAGAACAAGCCGGAUGUGCCAGCGAUGUUGCCGCCAGGUCUCGAUUCUUGAAGGCGGGUGUGGCUGUGAGCUGCGCAAAGGGCCGCAAGCCAGGGACUCCGAACCAGGACAAUUUCUUCGUUGCAGAGUGUGGACACUUCCUUCUUUGCUGCGUUGCAGAUGGACAUGGCAUUGGCGGUCACUGGGCAUCUCACUGGACUUGCAAGUUUGUGCUGCGGAUGCUUCUGGAACACAUGUCGACGAACAAGGAAUUACCGGCAGAGACAGUUAUGACGAGGAUCUUCGACAUCGUGCACCAGGAAUUGGUGUGCGCAGCUACGACGAAGGACUUCGAAUUGUCGCUGAGUGGGACCACGUUGUCUGUGGCUGUCGUCGACCGACACAAAAAGCAGCUCCUAUUGGCUUGGGCUGGAGAUUCGAGAUGUGUGCUGGGCCGGCCUUCAUCUCGUUCGAAAGGAAAACCUUCGUGUGUGGGAGCUUCAGAAGACCAUAAGCCCAACGAUCCAAAGGAGAAAGCCCGUGUUGUCGAGAGUGGUGGCGAAGUGUUGCUGCUCCCUGGUGAUGUGCCACACCGAAUAUUUGCCAAGAACAAGGAGGUUCCAGGCUUGGCAAUGUCCCGCUCCAUCGGGGACUUGUCUGGACACUCUGUGGGAGUGAUUCACCAGCCAAGUUUCAAGCUGCUUGAGUUCCAGAAGGAAGAUCUGCUGCUUUGCUGCUCCGAUGGAGUUUGGGAAUUCCUGAGCGAUGCGGAUGCUAUAGGCACCGUGCUGCAGGUUGGGCGCAAAAAUCUUGCCGAUGCUGCAGUGAAGCUGGUGUCCGAUUCGAGAGCGCAGUGGCUUGCGGAAUCCGCACGGAAGGAGCGAAAUCGAUUGGUCUUAUUGGAGACAGAUUUCAGUACCGGAGAGGAGGCGGAUCCUUGGGAGUCCGAGGGCAGCGACGUGGAACUCUUUCAUUCAUCUUUUGUCCGAGGCGGGAAGCGGCGCAGCUCGACCAAACUCGAGAGGCGACGAGAAAGCUCGUCGAAAACAGAGGUGCUUGCAAAGCAGCGCAUACUUCGACGCUCGCAUGUAAGAUACGACUUCGAAGACAUCUUCCAACGUGUCUUGGCAGAGGAGCAGACGGUGAACUUCUUCACUUGCGAGGGCCACAAGCCGGAGCCAGCUAAGAAGAAAACAAAGAAAAGCAAGCAGGCAGAAGAAAAAAAAGAUGACCGCCAGAUCCGCUUCCGGAAUUAUAUCCCGCGAACGCCAGAGCUCCGGGAUUUUUGCAUGCCGAAGAUAACAUCUGCUGACAUUGAGGCAGAGAUUGAUAAAGAAAUCCAAGAGGCCAUCGCUGCAGCUGAGGAUGCAGAAGCAGUGCUGGCCAUUGCACCGCGAAAGCCCAACUGGGUAUGGGGCCCGGAUGGCCGUUUGUUGGGGCUUGGGGAGGACGGACCGCGCAGCUACUCGGAUGAGAGUGGAGCUUUUUCCUACCGUCCAGAGUCUAGAGACUCAUUGAACGGAACGUGGCUGCCGAUCCUUCAUUACCAGAGCCUUUCCUUACAUUACACAGUAGAUGGAGCUUUUGAAGGCGAAGGACGUGUUCACGCCAAGCUUGCUGUCGACUUGCUGUCGCUGUCUACUUCGGCAGCUGGAGCCAUUCUACACAUCCAAUUGCACCGCCGCUUGCAGGUUACUUUGUCACCAUUCAAGAAGUUUCGUGGUGACUUGGCCAUUCCAUUGAAGUCUGUGUGCGCGGCUGACUUUGCAGGCAUCGGGAGGUCGGCGCCUCCUCUCUUCCGAAGCGUCCUCUUUGUGCUUGCUGCCUUCGAUUGGGCAGGUACAAGUGCCUGCGAUGCAAGGGGAGUUUCUGCAGCCUCCGGUGCCAAAGAAUGCACAAAGAGGCACUUUGCAGAUGAGAGCGCCUUGGGCUUUCCACUCAGCGCGAAAAAUUGGCAGAGGUCUGGGUCCUGGAGCUGGAGGCUCCAAGCGCCGGGCAUGCCGCUGUUAGCAUCCCUGAAGAAGAAUUUGUCUGGUGGAUCUUUCAUCACAUCGAUGGUUAAGCCGUCAGUGGGAGAUCAGCCGCCCUCUGACGAGGAAGGAGACCCUUCGUCGCAAACGAGUACUAGUUGUGCAUCUGCUUCUCAUCCGUCCCUCUCCUCUGGUGACAUGUCGGGGCCACGAGUUGCCGAUCUUGGCCAGGGAGCUUGGUGGAUAUGUUCUUCAGACAUCCAUGAAGCAGCUACGAGCUCUGCAAAUGUGGAAUGGUUACACGACCAUAUGCCAGGCUCGAGUGUGGACACAGAGGCGUUGGCGGAAGUGCUUGCCCAGUGUGUGCAGGCAGACGAUGCCAGUGGCUCUAAAAGCAACGUGACGGCCUUUUUUCCAGAGGAGAUGCAAAGAUUGGGCAAGCUUAGGUGGGAUGGUCGGUACCUUGUUGCCUGUGUGUGUGUAUUGAUUUCGCGCAUGAACUUGAGGGAGUCACUUCCCACUUUCAGUUUUUGCAUUCCAUGUCACAGUCGCGACCUGCAUACUCCUUUUCAGUUUUAUUACAUAUUGUGCAGGGGGCAUGGCGGUCUUUUCCUGGCCAUGCCGUGCCAACGAAGCUAUAUAUGGGAAUCGACUGGAAGGGAAGCUGGAUGCAGUUUCCUACAGAAAAGGUGGACACGACGAAUUCACCAAGAAAGCGGGGCUGUUUCGUUUCGCAGAAAACCAAUUCUCUGCUUUCCUGACAUGCACGGUUGCAGCAAUCUGAAGUGCUUUUGCAGUGCAUCUGCUUGGCAGCUAGCAACCUUGGUUCGCCGACGUGCAUCAGGGAAAUCUCUGCUGAGUAGCCACUGUACGCGAGACAUUGCGGGCCGGCGACAAGUCGGUUCCCCCCACGGUCCGCAAAGAGGAACUCCCGUAAAGGUCUCAACGACGUUUACCUGGAAGACCCGUUCAACCUUUGCGCUGUCACAGCGAGGUCGUUCGCCCAACUUCAAGGGCUCUCAGGGCCCUCGGCGUUCGGCCGUAGCUGCUUCAGUUUUAGGCGGGGCAUGCUUGCCCUGUCAAAGUCAGCAGCGAAUUCUCCAGCAAUCUCAGGCCCAAGGCGGGGGGUAG